AUGAGGGCUCAAAUUGGAGACACCAAAUUGAAGAGGAUUCAGGAUGAGGAACGGGAGUCUAAAUUUGGACUUGUCUAUGCUGUCUCUGGACCUGUGGUGACAGCAGAGCGGAUGUCUGGUUCAGCCAUGUAUGAGUUGGUCCGGGUUGGCUAUGGGGAAUUGGUGGGCGAGAUCAUCCGCUUGGAGGGCAACAUGGCCACCAUCCAGGUAUAUGAGGAUACAUCAGGUGUGACUGUUGGUGACCCAGUGCUGCGAACAGGGAUGCCAUUGUCUGUGGAAUUGGGUCCUGGGAUCAUGGGCAGUAUUUUUGAUGGCAUCCAACGACCUCUGAAAGAUAUCAAUGAACUUACCCAGAGCAUCUACAUUCCAAAGGGUGUCAAUAUCCCUGCUCUCUCCCGUGAGGCCCAAUGGGAUUUCCGACCUUUGAACAUCAAGGUUGGGAGUCACAUAACCGGUGGAGACUUGUAUGGAAUCGUGCAUGAGAACACCCUUGUAAAGCACAAGCUCCUCCUUCCACCUAAGGCCAAGGGCACUGUCACCUAUAUUGCUGAACCUGGCUCCUAUAAUAUCACUGAUGUGGUGCUGGCGACAGACUUUGAUGGGGAGAAGUAUGAGUAUCAGAUGCUUCAGAUCUGGCCUGUUCGGCAGCCAAGGCCCGUGGCUGAGAAGCUUCCUUCUAAUCACCCUCUCCUCACGGGCCAGCGAGUUCUUGAUGCCCUCUUCCCGUGUGUGCAAGGGGGGACGACAGCCAUUCCAGGGGCAUUUGGUUGUGGGAAGACGGUGAUCUCUCAAUCCCUAUCCAAGUACUCGAAUUCAGAUGUGAUCAUCUAUGUGGGAUGUGGAGAGCGAGGGAAUGAGAUGUCUGAAGUAUUGCGGGAUUUCCCUGAGCUCUCAGUUGAGAUUGAUGGGCAAGUGGAGAGCAUAAUGAAGCGAACAUCUCUGGUUGCUAACACAUCCAACAUGCCUGUUGCUGCUCGAGAAGCCUCCAUCUACACAGGGAUCACAUUGUCCGAAUAUUUCCGAGACAUGGGCUACAACGUGUCCAUGAUGGCUGAUUCUACUUCCCGAUGGGCCGAGGCCUUGCGAGAGAUCUCUGGGCGUCUUGCCGAGAUGCCUGCCGAUUCCGGGUAUCCUGCCUAUCUGGGAGCUCGGCUUGCCUCCUUCUAUGAACGGGCAGGUAGGGUAAAAUGCCUGGGGAAUCCUGAGCGAGAAGGGAGUGUGAGUAUUGUGGGGGCUGUGAGUCCUCCUGGGGGAGACUUUUCUGAUCCUGUCACAUCUGCCACACUAGGCAUUGUACAGGUCUUCUGGGGUCUUGACAAGAAGCUUGCCCAGCGCAAACAUUUCCCCUCCAUCAAUUGGCUUAUCUCUUACAGCAAGUACAUGAGAGCCCUGGAUGAAUUCUAUGACAAGAACUUCCCUGAGUUUGUACCCCUGAGGACAAAGGUGAAGGAGAUCCUACAAGAGGAAGAGGAUCUGAGUGAGAUAGUCCAGCUGGUUGGGAAGGGCUCACUAGCUGAGGCUGACAAGAUCACCCUUGAAGUUGCCAAGCUUCUCAAGGAUGACUUCCUUCAGCAGAAUGGGUACUCAUCAUAUGACCGCUUCUGCCCCUUCUACAAGACUGUGGGGAUGCUGAAGAACAUGAUUGCAUUCUAUGAUUUGGCACGUCAUGCAGUGGAGAGCACAGCCCAGAGUGAGACAAAAAUCACUUGGGGUGUUAUCCGUGAGAGCAUGAAUAACAUCCUCUACCAGCUCUCUGCCAUGAAGUUUAAGGAUCCAGUGAAGGAUGGAGAGGCAAAGAUCAAGUCAGAGUUUGAUGAGCUUUAUGAGCAGAUGCAGCAGGCAUUUCGUAACCUGGAAGACAUAGACGAAGAACGCGAAUCCAAGUUUGGGCUCGUCCAUGCCGUCUCCGGACCCGUGGUGACCGCGGAGCGGAUGUCCGGCGCGGCCAUGUACGAAUUGGUCCGAGUCGGCUAUGGAGAAUUGGUCGGCGAGAUCAUCCGUCUGGAGGGCAGCAUGGCCACCAUCCAGGUGUACGAGGACACAUCGGGCGUCACCGUCGGCGACCCCGUCCUCCGAACCGGCAUGCCCCUGUCCGUGGAGUUGGGUCCAGGCCUCAUGGGAAACAUCUUCGACGGAAUCCAGCGACCUCUCAAGGAUAUCAGCGAGCUCAUGCAGAGCAUCUACGUUCCGAAGGGGAUCAACGUUAAUGCUCUCAACCACGAAAUCAAGUGGGAUUUCCAGCCCAUCAACAUCAAGGUCGGGAGUCACGUGACCGGCGGAGACAUGUUCGGAUUCGUGCAGGAGAACACGCUGUUGAAGCACAAGAUCCUCCUCCCGCCCAGGGCGAAGGGAACCGUCACCUACAUCGCCGAGCCCGGCUCCUACAGCAUCAGCGACGUGGUGCUGACGACGGAGUUCGACGGGGAGAAGCACGAGUACCAGAUGCUUCAGAUCUGGCCCGUCCGACAGCCUCGACCGGUGGCGGAGAAGCUUCCCGGCAAUUUCCCUCUCCUCACGGGCCAGCGCGUCCUGGAUGCCCUCUUCCCGUGCGUGCAAGGCGGGACGACGGCCAUCCCGGGAGCCUUCGGUUGCGGGAAGACCGUGAUCUCUCAGUCUCUGUCCAAGUACUCCAAUUCGGACGUGGUCAUCUACGUGGGAUGCGGAGAGAGAGGAAACGAGAUGUCCGAAGUGUUGCGAGACUUCCCCGAGCUGGAACUCGAGAUCGACGGACGAGUGGAGAGCGUGAUGAAGCGGACGUCCCUCGUCGCCAACACGUCUAACAUGCCCGUCGCGGCUCGAGAGGCUUCCAUCUACACGGGGAUCACGCUGUCGGAAUACUUCCGGGACAUGGGUUACGUCGUGUCCAUGAUGGCCGAUUCCACAUCUCGAUGGGCCGAGGCCUUGCGAGAGAUCUCGGGUCGUCUCGCUGAGAUGCCUGCCGAUUCCGGGUAUCCUGCCUAUCUGGGAGCUCGGCUCGCCUCCUUCUACGAACGGGCGGGUAGGGUGAAAUGUCUCGGGAACCCAGAGCGCGAAGGCAGCGUGAGCAUCGUGGGGGCCGUGAGUCCCCCGGGAGGAGAUUUCUCCGACCCCGUCACGUCUGCCACGCUCGGCAUCGUCCAGGUCUUCUGGGGUCUCGACAAGAAACUCGCCCAGCGCAAGCAUUUCCCCUCCGUCAACUGGCUCAUCUCUUACAGCAAAUACAUGAGAGCUCUGGAGGAAUACUACGACAAGAACUUCCCCGAGUUCAUCCCCUUGAGGACGAAGGUGAAGGAAAUCCUGCAAGAGGAAGAGGACCUGAGCGAGAUCGUGCAGCUGGUCGGGAAGGCGUCUCUGGCCGAGGCCGAUAAGAUCACCCUCGAAGUCGCCAAGCUCCUCAAGGAAGACUUCCUUCAGCAGAAUGGGUACUCUCCAUACGAUCGCUUCUGCCCCUUCUACAAGACGGUCGGGAUGUUGAAGAACAUGGUCGCGUUUUACGACCUGGCCCGUCACGCGGUCGAAAGCACAUCCCAGAGCGAGACCAAGAUCACCUGGAACAUCAUCCGCGAGAGCAUGGGCAAUAUCCUCUACCAGGUCUCUUCCAUGAAGUUCAAGGAUCCAAUGAAGGACGGAGAGGCAAAGAUCAAGGCGGAUUUCGAAGACCUGUACGAGCAGAUGCAGCAGGCAUUCCGCAACCUGGAAGACAUGUGA